GCUGGAGGAGCGGCAGGGGCGGCGCCGACCCAGCCCCAGCCCCGCGGGUGGUAGCCCCGGGCGCCCCCGUCUGAAUGUGAGAAGGCAACACCCCCAGCCGGCGCCCUGGAGGGACGACAGAGGAGCACCAGCCUGCCACCAUCGCUGCAGGACCUGGCGGACGCGCCCCGCCUGGCCAUGACGGACAGCGAGGACGAGGGGUCGCUCGACGACGAGUGCCCCAUCAACGAGGAGUGGCUCGAGGACGUGCUGAGCUGCUACCACCGGCAGCGCUACGCCACGGACCAGCAGCUGUGCGUCAAGGUCGGGGACUUCGCCGUGCGCCCGGGCUGCGCGUCCAACGAGAGCGUGCUCAGCGACAUCGUGGCCGUGACGGUGGACUACAAGCUGCUGCUGGCGGUGGACCGCGGCCGCGAGGCGGAGGAGACGUCCCACACCCUGGCGCUCGUCGUCAAGCUCCUGCCCAGCGACCCCUUCUCGCGCGUGUUCGUCACCGAGGCCCAGUUUGACCUGCGCGAGAUCAGCUUCUACACCAAGGUGGUGCCCGACCUGGAGGCGCUGGAUCCGGACCAGGCGCUGCCCAUACCGCGCUGCUACUUCGCGCGGUACGCGCCCGCCACCGACGUGUCCGCGCCCGAGAGCCUGCUGGUGCUGGACAACCUCAAGGCGGCCGGCUACAAGGGCCAGCCCUUCUCGCUGGGCCUCACGCUGGCCCAGGCGCGCGCCGCGCUCGCCAGCGUGGCGCGCCUACACGCCCUCACCCUCGUGCUCAAGCUGCGCGACCCCGACGCGCGACCCCUGUCGGAGCGUUACCCGUUCCUGUUCGCCGCCGAGCGCGCCAGCGAGUCGUACCAGGAGCUGGUCGAGCGGGGCAUGCCGCUGGUGGACGACUUCCUCCGGCGGCAGCCCGGCAUGGAGGCCGUGGCGCGCGCACUCGCCCGCCUGCGCCCGCUCACCAAGGACCUGAUGACGGAGCUGCUGGCGCCGAGCGGCAGCCUCGCGCUCAUCACGCACACGGACUUCUGGUGCAACAACCUGCUCUUCAAGGACCAGGAGGGCGACGGCGAGCUGCAGUGCGCCGUGCUGGACUGGCAGAUGGCCACCUACUCGCGGCCCACCAACGACGUGGCCCUCCUGCUGCUGAGCUCGCUGCCCACGCAGCUUCGCCGCGACAAUGAGACGGACCUGGUCGACACCUACUGGCGCACGUUCACGUCCACGACGGCACGCCUGGGCGUCGACGUGGAGGUCGAGCACGGCUACGACCGCCGCCAGCUCGACGCCGACCUGCAGCGCUCGAAGCUGCUCGCAAUCCUGCUAUGCAUCGGGUCGGUCGAGGUGGCCAUCGGCGACCCCCUGACGGAGCAGCGCCUCGUCGACGUCCUCACCGACCUGCACCAGGACGGGGCGCUCGACAUCCCCGCCGCCGAGGCCGUCGAGACGCCGUGCGAACCGGAGCCCGACGCAUGAGCGAACGACGCGACCAAACGCAUCAUCGUGUGGAACGUUUAAGUGUAGUGAGUGUGAAAAGGGGCAGCUUCUGCAGUGAGCAAGAUGAAGACAAAAAGACACAAAAAGCCGAGUGAGUAAACUCCUGCGACCCUCCCCGAUAUUGUCUACGAAAUCCAAGUUUGUGAUCCCCACUGAGAUAUCAACGUCUGAUGUAAAGCUCAAAAGUAGUAAUGAGCCAGACUGCGUGUGUACCGUCGUUGCUGAUACAGUUGUUUCGAGGUUAUUUCCUUGCUUUUCUUUUCUCCAUUGUGACUGACGCCAAUUACUUAACAAAAAUGAAAAAAAAAAGUUAACCUACUCUUGUGAAGAUUUUUUACUUUAAAUUGACUGCUGCCCUAAAUAAUUGAAGUGACGAGAGAGGGCCAUUAUAUUUUGAGAUGAGUUGAAUGCGACCGCGAGGCAGAGGCAGAAGGCGAGGCGAGAACGGGACGAGAAAUUGAAGGAGGGAAAAGGGGGAUGGGGGGGGGGGGUAUAAGGAUUAUUAGCCAUUGCGGGCUGGUCCAGGCCGAGCGGCCGAGCCGUCCGACUGACAUGCUGACAUGACAAGCAAGACGUCGCCGCGUACAGCAACAGCGACGUGUUUCGUGGUCCAGAAGACGGACCAGACCCUACCAGCCCCAGGCAGGCAUCGACCUAGCAUAGCACGGCCUGGCCUGCCUGGUCGCCGGCCCGGUCGCACACGAGUGCGAAACGAAACACGAGCCGCGCUGCGCAGGCCGCAGGCACGUCGCGGCUGAGAAAGUGGCGCACCUGGCGCUACGGGCAGCGCGGCCCGGACCCAGCGGACCCCGAGCAGGACGCAUUCUCACCCAUCGACGAAUACGUCCCCUCUCGGCAAAAACCAUACAAUCACUAGACUAACAUUGAAAAUUGAUAUAACAUUUAAAAUUUCAUCUCCUUUCUUUAUUAUUUGGCUUGAUGAGAGUCAAAAUCACUUCCUCCUCAUAGGGCAGUGGACGUAUACCGCCGCCAACCACAACCCGAAUGCUGCAUUUUCACCGUUUGUGAUAUACUCCUUUUAAUUACUCACUGUAUACCAAAAGAAGGAGAGACAGAGAGGGAGAGAAAGAGAGGGAGAGAAAGAGAGGGAGAGAAAAAGAGGGAGAGAAAGAGAGAGAUAGAGAGCGGGGUCGAAUAAUAUGGGUCUCAGUCAUGCCGAGGAACCGACCCCCGCCGGGGGAACCACUGGAGACCCCGCUGAGGCCCUCUGGGCUGGGGGCGCAGCCAGGGGGUGGUGGCUGCCGCCUAACCCGACCUCCAUGCGACCGCGACCGCGACCGCUAAGACUGCUCGUGAAUCCCGCUUCACGUUUCAGACGAUAUUUUAACUUGUAUAAGAAAAUGUACUAUUACUUAUAGAGCUUUAUUGUUAUAAUUGCCUUGUUAUUUUUAUUGAACGAGUUGGAUUCUCGCACCGUGAAUACGCUACCGAAAAGGGUAUGGUAUGUGUGUGUGUUUGUGUCAGUGUGUAUCAUUAAAGCUCUCAGAGGGAACAAGAGAGUUCAUCUAGGAAUGUGCGAGAGACAACGAAAGGAAAGACCCGAAAGUAACGAAAGUGACUGACGGUCAUAUGUCAUAGUCAUAAGAGACGAACAAACGCGUUCUGUGAUCCCGGCGCCGAAUGUAAUUUCUGCGCCAAACUACUCCUAUAGCAUAAUCUUACUCUCGCACUGUUGUACUGUGAUGUGUAAAUGCCCAUGUACAAGCAGCACGCGCACAAAAACUUUUGAGAAAAAAAAAUCAUUGCAAACACCUUACUUUCAUGUCUCUCUAAAUUAUUGUUAAGGAACACUGCCGUAGUGGUCGCCAUGGUGACCGGAUGAGGGUGGCUUUUUUUCUCUCACACCAUCAUCGUCGUCCCAACAUGGGAAAGGACGCGUGGAGCAGCGGUGGCGGCCGCAGGUGCGUCCCGCUGCAGCAGCAGCCUGCAUUCCAGCUGCACAGCUGCGGACAGCAGUGGCGCGACGCACCUGCGGCCAGCUGCGGCGCGCGACACACGUCGCCAUGGCGACCAGGUAGCUGGGCACGCGAGCGUUCUGCACCCCGCCGCACCGCGGGCCGCGGCGGCGCCCCCGGCUCUGAGGCGCGACGGACGCUAUCAGGAAGCUACAGCAUAGGCGCCUCGAGGGCUUGCGUCGGGCAGCAGCAGGGGGGCACCCGACUUUGUUUCCUUCACCCUUUUCUUCUUAGUCUCGCCCGAUCCGCCUUCUACUUUAUCUGGAAAAUUGACUUCCAUUACUUUGUCAAGUGCCCCAGUCAGGCCAACGACGGCAUACUAGUUCACCCGCGUUCCUUCGCUUCCCUCCUUUUUUUUGCCCUCCCAUUCUUCUCCCUCGUCGAUGCCGGCAGCAGUGUUGCCAACGGCAAGGACCAGUGCUCCCACUAAACGCAGUACUGCGCGGCGGAGGCUCUGGCCCGUGCCGAAGUCGGCAACACUGCAGCUUCCCCUCCACUGCCCCUUGCCCGACGGAGAGCCCUCUCCUAGACGACUAGAGGAGGAAUAGAGUGAGGAGAGGUACCCGUCCGCCGCACAUUGUACCAGAGAAGUUAUUAUUAUUACUGACGAUUAUUAUAAUAACGAUGAUUGGAAUAAAGUUGUUACGUUUUAUUGCCA